GCCUAGAAGGACUACGCAAGCUCGGCACAGAGUGGCACUGCUAUGUAGAAGAGGUUGCAGAUAAGAGGCAAGGCUGUGCAGGUUCGAAGCAUCGCGGAUAUGGUGUGCAGGAUGUCGGACUGAUGAUUCGGAUAUCAAGGGACUCUUUGUCGCUCAGCCUGAUGCGAGAUGUUGGAGGGGCACAGCGUCAUUGCUCGGCAAAUCUCCCGAGCACUUUUGGUUUGGACCCUUUGUUGUCAGCAGCUGAGCCUAUUGCAACCUCAAACGGCAAGUCUUGCGCAGUCAAAGUAUUUACUAAUGUACGACAAGACGAAUCACAUUGCCUUCGUAUUCUUAUUUCAUUUUAAAGUGCCGCAAUAUUGCAUUGCCGCUCAGCUUGUCAAGGGUCAACAUCUUGUGCGGAUGAGGUUACAUGCAUGAUGCAUUUGAAAACAAAAUGUGAAUUCAAAAGCCAUAUACAAUAGGUUCCACAAUCGUGGAGGG